AACCAUAUAUAAUUAGCAGUGAUGAAGAAGAACAGGAUGAUUCUUUUCUAAUUAAUGUAAGUGAUAAUGAAGAUGAAGAAACAAAUACAAAUUUUAAUAAUAAUUUUGAAGAAGAUAAUGAAAUUCUAAGUGUAUAUAGUGGUGAUAAUGUUAAUGAAGAACCCAUUGAAUUUGAGUUAGGUGAAGCACCCAUUUAUCUUAAUUCUUUAACAAAUUUGUAA